AUGACUUGGAGGGAAUCUGUGGAUCUGUUGAGGCAGAUUUGGGAGCUUACUGGUAGAAUCACUGGUCCUUGGCAGGAAAAGGGUAAGGAUGGUUUCAUCUGGCGGGAGACUGAGCAGCCUGAAGUGCUGUGGAAUCCCGAGGACAAUAUUCUGUGGCAAGGCCUGUGGACAAUCCAGGGAGCUCUGGAGGAUGAUGCGGUCUGGCAAUGGGUUGUGAAAAGAGGUGGUAUCGACAGACAAGAUGUGCGCAGAAGUGUUGAAGAAAGCAGGCCAUAUGUGGAUUGCACACAAGAGCAAGGCAGUUCAAUUACUUGUGGCCCUGAUUUCUUGUACCCAGCAGAAGGUUUGAGUGCCAUCAGCAAUGCCCGGGGCAAGGACUGCCAGGGGCCCAUGGAUAUGGACCAGGAUGGCGAUGGUUCAUCAGAAUCUUCUGGUGGAAGGGGCACCUCCAUGCCUGCUACCAAUGAAGCUGCUGGUGCUGGUGCCGGUGCUGCAGAUCGCUCCGCUGACUCUUGCCCUCUGGCUCCAUCCACUUCCACAGGCCCCGCUGCCCAAAUUGAUGAUGCACGUCAUCCCCCCAGGUCCACCAAUACUCCUCCGCCUACUGAGACCCUUCCCAGUGCGGGUAGCUCUCAUCUCUCCAGGUCCACAAAUGCUCCUCCACCCUCUGAGGCCCCUGCGGGAGUGGGUAGCACUACUGCUUCUGAUCUGACAAUCCAACAACUGGUGUCACCUCUCUACAUCCCCAUCUAUCAAGGUUUAUCCAAGUAUGUCAAGCAUGAGCAGUCUCUGCAUGAAUAUGCAACCAACUUGAGGAGCAAUUUUCCUGCCUCCAACUAUGAGGCUGCCAUUGCCAGGUACAAGGAGAAGCUCGCUGCUAAGUCUUUGCAACCUUUCAAUGCCAGAGAGUUCCAACCGCAUGUGACACAUUUCAUCAACCAGCUCAGCAUAACAGCAGCCAUGUUGGCAGCUGAUGAGCAGAACAAAGGCCUCCUGUGA